AGCGGCGGGGGCAGUCAGUCGCAUCGUGACCGCGUGUUGUGUUGCGCGUGUGUAACAACACGCGCCAACUUUGCCGCGUAUACGGCCGACAACGAGGACCCAGCAAUGGUGUCGAUGGGCUCAUGGAAACGCCGCGUGCCCGAUGACUGCGAGGAGCGUUCCGAACCCGGCGCCUCCAGUUCGGGCGUUCCUCGUGCCCCUCCUAACUGUGCGCGCUGCCGCAAUCACAGGCUCAAGAUCGAGCUCAAGGGUCACAAGCGGUACUGCAAAUAUCAGCACUGCACUUGUGAAAAGUGCCGCCUUACCGCAGACAGGCAGCGGGUAAUGGCAAAGCAAACGGCAAUCAGACGGGCCCAGGCUCAGGACGAAGCGCGUGCGCGUGCGCUGGAAUUAGGAAUACAGCCCCCGGGGAUGGAGUUGGAUAGGCCUGUACCACCAGUGGUGAAGGCGCCACGCAGCCCCAUGAUACCGCCGUCGGCACCACGCUCUCUGGGCUCGGCGAGCUGUGACUCCGUACCGGGUUCACCUGGGGUGUCACCAUACGCUCCACCGCCGUCAGUGCCUCCGCCGCCAACCAUGCCACCACUGAUACCACCCCCGCAACCCCCCGUCCCCUCGGAGACGCUUGUGGAGAACUGUCACAGACUCCUCGAGAAGUUCCAUUACUCGUGGGAGAUGAUGCCGCUUGUGCUCGUCAUCAUGAACUACGCCCGCAGCGACUUGGAUGAGGCUUCAAGGAAAAUCUACGAAGGGAAGAUGAUCGUCGACGAGUACGCGAGGAAGCACAACUUGAACGUGUUCGACGGACUAGAACUAAGGAACUCGACACGCCAGAAAAUGCUGGAAAUUAAUAAUAUAAGUGGUGUACUGUCUUCGUCAAUGAAGUUAUUUUGCGAAUGAUACUUAGUUUUACAAGUGCCGUGGUGUGUGUUGACACUUGCUGUGCGAUGCUGUGCGAAUUUCAACGGAAAUAUUUGUUGUCGUAACAUUGGAUCUAUGGACGGCGCAUGACCCCACCGAUUCCCCGUCAACUUCGACGGGGCACAGCGCCGACAAGUAAGGCGUCGGCCGUCGCGUGGGCUCAGUGAUCACCAGACUUUAUACAUUAGUGUUUUAACAUUACGUUCGCAAACGGAACAUUCGAGAACGGAUCACGAAUAUCUACAGACAAUAUGUUUUUUUUUUUAAGUUUCAUCACCUACGUUUACAAAAUAUGUUUAUUAUAUGUAAUAGGGAUGUGGAACGUGUUAAAUGUUGUUUUUUACAUAUAAUGUCUUUUUUUUUUUGUUUUUUUUUUAUAUAUUUAAAAACAGCAAACGUGUUUUGUAAAACAAAUCAUUUAUUGUUUUCGUAAGACCACCACGGACGGCGUGUGUCUUGAAUGUUCUCGAAAACGGACAAAUAUUUAUGACUAAAUAUUUUUGAAGUCUUCACGCCGUAAACCGACAUACCAGUAACCCAGUGACUAAUCAAUAUUCUAAUACUACUUACGUAACUGCGAUUAUUACAUUUGAGGGAAGUGAUAAAAAGAAGAAA